UGGCACUGCUGGUUGCCCGCCGUAAGACUUUGCUCGCUCGCUCGCUCGAUCGAUUGUCGUUUUUUAUUGUUAUAUUUAUUUAGUGUUUCCCGAAAAUUAAUAGAAUUUCACUUACUGAUUUGAGCCCAGUUGGCAGCAACUUGCCAUUGCUAAAUUACAAAAAGAAUAAUAUACUUCACUUACCUCUUGUCAUUUGCUUUACCUUUUUUUUCCCGUGCGUGUGUGGCUCGUUUGUGUUGUGUGUGAGUGUGAUCUCUCAAUCGAUAGUAACGUAUUCAAAACAGCUGUCAGCAUAAGAACUCAGCGUCGCCUUUUUCGUUUGGACUGUCCGCUUUGAGCCUGUGGCAGCUACUUUGGCGUCUUGCUGGUGCUGAUACUGAGUGCCAGCUAUUUGCCGAGCGGCAGUGCGUUGCCGCGUCGAGCGCUCGGUCGCCACCUGAUUUUGCCACACCGCCAUCACGUGCACCUGCGAUCAGCGGGGCAGGAGCAUAAGCACAAGGCGUACCUAUUGGUCUAUAAGAAAAAGCUGAACUGCACAAUGAACACGGCGAACUUCAGUUCGUCCACUUUGAGGCAUGCCCUCAACGUGGUCAUUGGCACGCGGCAGUCCACCAUCGAGCUGAUGACCAGCUGUUUCAAGGGCACCGAAGAGGAGCUGGCCCAACGGUAUCGUCUGCACCACUUGAACCUGGACUAUCCGCUCAAGGCGGCUGUGAACAACAGCGAAUACGAUGGCCAAGGCACCGACUCGCUGGAGAGCGAUCUGCUGAACAUCUACCAUUCGCUAGUCAGAGUUGGCAAGGUGCUGGCCAUCGUGAACGAAACCGUCUAUGAACAGACGACGCGCAACUACUUCCAAUUCUUUGUGGAGAAGGUGGAGCACAACAUUUUCAACGCUGCGAACUUCCUCAGCUGCGUCAGCGAGGGCGACGAUCACAUACCCGAUCCCUUCAACAGGCAUCCCUGUCCCGAAUAUGUCAUUGUCAACGAGUUUGUCCAGCUGCUCAACGUGAUCGAGAAGAAAUAUGGCGUUAUGCUGAGGCAACAGGAGGCGGUGGAGGCGGCGGCGGCGGCUCAAGCGGAAGAUUAACGUCUGCCAGUCUAAAAGCUACAGCCACAUGCCACAUGCCACCAGCCACCAGCCAACAGGUGCCCCCACAAGAAACUGUACAAGACAAUGCCAAAAAAAAGAGAAAGAAGCAAAAGAAAAAUGAAUAGAAUCAGCGCAGAAUGUUGCCACUUCUAUGUGCCACAGAUCGGGCAUAUAUAUCUAUAAUAUAUAUUAUAUGAUAACUGAGCUUCUUCACUACAUCCUGAAUGCCAUCUAUGUUUACUAAUAGCGUGUAGUAGCUAAUAUAUUUAACG